CCGUUGCAUUAAAUUGAGUUCAUUUCAGUAAAUAUCCGGGAAGUGUUUUUUUUCCUUUGAUAUAAAUAUAUGUUCAUAUAUCUUUCACAAAACUCUCAACGUGUGAGUAUUAUUCGACCAUUCUUCGCAAAUUUUCUAGCUGUUUUUAAAAAAUAGUGUCAAAAUACUCAAGGAUCUCUUUCAACGAUCGUCCUCUUAUCCUCAGCAAUGCUUACAGUAUGGUAAUUCAAUGCGUAAUGGGUUGGCAAUGGAUUUAAACCAAAUCCAGUUAGCUUUACGCUCUUGUGGACGCUUUCAAGCUAUCAAACAUGCCAAAUCACUCCAUUCUCUUAUAAUAAAACUUUGCCUUUUCAAUCACGUUUUUCUCCUAAACAACAUCAUCUCUGUCUACGCCAAAUGUUCCCAUUUCAAUGAUGCACGAACCCUUUUCGACGAUAUGCCUCAGAGGAACAUAAUUUUCUAGACAACAAUGGUCUCUGCAAUCACCAAUUCUGGGAGACCCCACGAGGCUCUUACCCUCUACAACCACAUGCUGGAAUCCAAAACUGUGCAACCUAAUCAGUUUUUGUACUCUGCGGUUCUCAAGGCAUGUGGUCUCAUGGGUGAUGUUGAAUUGGGCAAGUUGGCUCACCAACAUGUAUCUCAAGCUAGGUUAGAGUUUGACACAGUUCUGAUGAAUGCCCUUUUGGACAUGUACGUCAAAUGUGGGAGCUUGAGGGAUGCCAAACGAGUUUUCUGUGUAAAAAUUCCACUUCAUGGAACACCCUCAUUCUUGGACCAUGCUAAACAGGGUCUGAUGAGGGAUGCGUUGAAUCUGUUCGAUCAAAUGCCAGAACCAGACCUUGUUUCUUGGAAUAGCAUCAUUGCUGGUCUUGCAGAUAAUGCUAGCCCCCAUGCAUUGCAAUUUUUUUCUAUGAUGCAUGGGAAGGGCCUUAAACAUGAUGCAUUCACAUUCCCAUGUGCCCUCAAAACAUGCAGUCUUCUUGGAGAGUUAACCAUGGGGAGACAGAUUCAUUGUUGUAUUAUAAAGUCAGGGUUUGAGUGUAGCUGCUAUUGUAUAUCAGCAUUGAUUGACAUGUAUUCCAAUUGUAAACUAUUAGAUUAAGCAAUGAAUAAAUAUAUUUGAUAA